CAACGCCUGAUACGUCCUACGCCAACUUAUUAAGGUCAAAAAUAUGAUCAUUACAGGAAGCGAAAUUACGAGUUCUGCGUUUCAUGGAAAUUGGAAAAUGAAAUAUGAUAACAGUAUCCUGGAAUAGUGGUUCAUUCACUGAUUCAGAAAUGUAUGAAAAAUGUUCACUCUGUCGAGCCCUCUGCAGUGAUGGUUAAUUCUGCCGAAGCGAUUAAGGAUUGUGCCCUAUUGACGCCUUCCUACCUAAUUGCCGGGAAUGCAAACAAAUUGCAACAUUCUUUCCCCUGACUGCGUAGUCUACAUUUUAUUACUCGAUCUAUAUAAUUGUUGAUUACUUAGUGUAGGCUAUCGCGCGCGCACUAUGCUAAAUAUAUUAGGGAGGGAAAACCGUUCACUAAGUUUAUUUCACAUCUUUGCAUCAGCAACGAUGGUUCAAAAUUGUAUUGACAGGCAAUCGAUAAGCUGAUCCAAGAUUCGAGCUGCAUAACAUAUAUCCAAGUGUUGCUCGAAAUUAUCUUUUUAUUGGAGGUUAUCAAGAACGCAUUCAACUCUGGAGGAUUGGUGGCUGUGUAAACUUUCGUAAAAGGAGAAUUCCGUAUAUCUGCAUCUAGUCUGACGUUAGCAACCAGUAAUUUACUCCAACUUAAAGAAAAUAUUUACAAGACAGAAAAAUUAGGAAAAUUCGGGCGCGGAUUUAAUGUAGAGCUUCGGGCAUCUAUUGAAGGAGUUAGCAGAGGGAAUAGACGCGUUUUCGACCACAUUAGGCCGUCACCCGAAGCAACGUUGAUAGGGACAUAUCACAGGGCUCUAACAGGACUAUAGACCGGUUCUUAAUUGAACUGGAAUAUUUAUAGAGAAUUUUACUAUCCACAAUUUAAUUAAUUAAACGCCCGGAUACGAAGACGGCUUGAUACUUUUAUGCAGUAAACGUGCCGAUGAGACAUCAGUAAGAUAAAGACACAGUCCAAGGUAACGUGCGUAUAAACUAUGGAUGUUUUCGUUACCUUAGAUUCUUUGAUGCAUUCACUUGAGCCAUGAUGGUGCGCCAGUGGUAUGAUUCGACUCUUACGAGUGACAUUUAAAGGACAACAUAACAUAUUUGAACUGCACAGGUCUGUGGUCAUAUUGCGUGAGAGUUAUGAUUUAGGCAAGAGGUUGUUAAGCUUAUAUACAACUGACAGCAUGCAGGAGGAUUGAGAACAAGCUGUAUCGAUCGUUCGACCUAUACUUCCUCUCAGUCGCCGUUCUAAUCAGCAGCAAGUCGUCGAAUCGAGAAUUCCGGGUGUCCGCCGUCUCCAGGAGCGCUUAAAUGCAGGGACAAUCUUUUGGAAAUUUUACUUCGCAAAUGAAGAUUGAUUCCGGCUGGCGGACGCGGGCACGUACAGUAUGGAACCUGUCCCCGAGUUCUUUGCCCCUGUUUGGGUCAAUCUCAGCGAAGAGACUUCGGUGUUAAGUUACUCCCAUGACGACCCAACGGAUGAGGUCACUCGCAGGAAUUACAGCAUCGUAAAUGAUAUAUUAACGUCGCAAAGUCCCUGGGAUGACUUGAAGGAUAAUUUCACACUCUUCGGUAACGUUUCCCUUGUUAGCGAUGGAUGCGCGAACAAGACGAACCCCCAUUCAACUACAGAGACCGUAUUGUUAUCAAUACUUGUUGUCAUACUCUCAGUAGUUACAGCAGGGGGAAAUUUAUUGGUCCUCAUAUCAUUCAAAAUGGACAAAAAUUUACAGACAGUAAACAACUACUUUUUACUGAGCCUUGCCGUCGCCGACUUUUUCAUCGGUUUCUUUUCAAUGCCUCUUUACUCCGCUUAUCUUAUCAUGGGGCGCUGGUCGCUCGGUCCUGUCAUUUGUGAUUCGUGGUUGGCCAUGGAUUUUACCAUGAGUAACGCCUCCGUAGCCAACCUGAUCAUCAUCUGCUUCGACCGAUAUUUGUCCAUCACCCGACCUUUGACGUACCGUGCUAAACGUACGCCACGUCGGGCCGCCAUAAUGAUAUCGUUAGCAUGGAGCAUAUCUUUCAUCCUAUGGACGCCAUUGAUCAUCUCAUGGCCCUACAUAGAAGGCAGACGGACAGUACCGGCCUGCGAGUGCUACAUACAGUUCCUUCAAACUAAUGAAUGGCUUGCAGGAAUUCUUACCAUCGAAGCAUUUUAUUUACCCGUGACUCUAAUGUGCGUUCUUUAUUUACGGAUCUACGGAGAGACCCGGAAAAGACAAAAGGAAUUAAAAAAUCUUCAAGCUGACAAGAAAAUGGACAAGAACAAAUCAAAAUCUAGUUCUAGCGACGACGAUCUGACGUCUACUAGUAAUUUUACGAGGCAGAACCACCAGGUGAAUAGUAUAUCCCGAGAAAACUUAGAAGACAUGUCCGAUAACGAGUCUGUCCAAGUGGAACAGAUGACCGUACAUCGCAGGACAGUCUGGCAAAAAGUUAAGACAUGUUCUUGUUUAGCUAUCGACAGGGACCCGGAACACGAGGAUUCUAGUUCCAGCGACCCAAGAAUGUCGACUGAUGAUAAUCUUUCUGCCGUCUGCCACCACUCUUCCAACAGAAGGGUAUCCCGGCACAGCCACCUUAACGGCAAGCCCGUGCAGCGUUGCGUCACCACCAUGCCGCUAAUAUCUAUCAACCCUGCGACGCCAUCAGAAUCACGUGACGGCAUGAGUCAGCACGCGGCGGGAACUUCAAACGCAGAUGCGACAACUGCAGAUUCAAAUCACAACCAGGAAGAUAACUAUCAUUCUCCGGCCCAUGAUGACAAACAAAAAGAUACGUUGUACACAAUAGUCAUUAAGCUUGGAAAAGAAGGAGAUACCAGUUCCUGUUCUAAAAUUCAAAUGAUUCGAGGGGAUAGCACAGAAAGUGAAUACAACUACUCCGAUAUUGAUGACGGCGGGACGAAAGAAACCACUCUGUGCGAUUUGAAUGACGAGGCAAACCCUGGUAUACGCCGUUCUAUAAGCUGCGGGCCAUGGGUUCCUCGAGGACGUGCUCCGGGCACCCCAGCUUUGGGGCGGAAAGUACACUCAAACGACGCCAUUAGACAACAAAUGCAACUUCGUCUUGUUAACAAAGUGGCCAAUAAAAUGAAAAAUCAGAAAAGAAUGAAAAAGAAGUUAGAGAAAAAACAGGACAGUAAAGCUGCCAAAACUCUUAGUGCAAUUCUUUUAGCUUUUAUAAUAACCUGGACUCCUUACAGCCUCUUUGCUGUGAUCAACCCUUUCUGUCAGAACUGUAUCCCAGGGACUUUAUACAACAUAGGUUAUUGGUUGUGUUACAUUAAUAGUACAGUGAACCCUAUGUGCUAUGCCUUGUGCAAUGCAAACUUCAGACGGACUUACUGGAGAAUCUUAACGUGCAAGUGGCGACGGAAGCGCCAACAGCAACGACCGGCCCCUCGGCUUGUAAGGCGAGCAGCAGCCUAUUCGAGGAGAUGAUUUCUCAGUUAUUUACGUAUAGUGCAUUCAAACGUAGAUGAAGAGGGAAUUUCAUGAGGCACACUUUGGCCUUGUUGUCUGAAGAAGAAGAAACGUCUGCGAAGUGGAACUGAGGUGCUUAUGUUCACAAGUGUGGAACUAACAACGCUAGUAUUACUAAAAGUAACAGAAAAAGGAAGAGAUGAAGAGAAAAAAUUGAAAUAUGGUGAUCAUUAUUGAUUAUUGCUGGUAACAACGCCCACUUUCGUGGCUGAUUGGAUGGCGGCGGGCAUUUCAUGGGGAUAUUUUUUUCCCUCACAUCGUCUGUAAGUAAAAGAGACCGUUCGUGGGAUUUUUGGUGUCUCGACACGUUUUGCGAUACAUAAAUAUGUAUAAAAGGCAUGCUACAACUUUUUUUGCGCUAAUGAAAGUACUGCCCAAUGCUCACAUAUUGUGCUUUGGCGCAAUUGGACUGAAAAGGGGGGUAUAUUAAAUAGUUGUUAUGGAAACGUAUGUUCAUGAGAUAUAUUUCAAUUUUGGAGGUCGAUAUGAAGAUUUUUAAAUUAAGCGCUAGAAAUCGGUAAGUUGCAGUAAGAACGUUUUUAGUUAUUAAAGUUCCUUUUUUGUUGCUUUUUCGCUCUUAAAUCCCAUGAAAGGCCACCUAAAAAGGUCAUGUUCAACUGAGAGGCAUAAUAGAUUUGCAACCCGCAUUUGUUGCCGUUGUUGAGUAAGAUAGUCGGCUUAUAGCAUAAGACUUGGAAAGUUUGCAUUGACAGUUGUUGAACGAGUGCAUUCUGAUAAGAUCUAUUUUGGUUGUUUGAGAAGUCGAACGAGUGAGGACAUUUUAUUAAAGAGUUGUAUUCUGCAGCGAGCCAACAGUGUAUUGUACGUCGCAUAUCUAACAGUACUGCAAUUUUCCGAAGGGUUACUUUGGUUGACAGGUCGUUCAAAGUAUUUAGCCUUUUUCUAGACAACUCAAGAUAGAGAUAAAAAUUGUAUUUUUGGAUAUAAUUUUCUAUAAAUGCAAAUUUCAAAUUCCAAUAUUGAUCUGUUAUUUUACAACAAAAGGAAUACAUAAACGUGUGCACCAUGCAACUGUAUUAUUUGGUUUUCAAAACGUAAACCUAGCGAUUUCAAAGCGAAUUUUUAAUGAUGUGUCAUAAAGCAUGGAUACUCUCCUGUACAUUUCCAAGAAUAAUAAUUAUAAAAUGGCUUUCAACAAAUGCUACAUUUCAACAAAGUGGUAAUUUUGGUACAAACAGAACACUUCAAUCUUUCCUUCUUCCAAAACCCAAAGUUUGGUAUCUCUGCACAUGUAUACUUGUGAUCACAAUGAUUUUGGAAAGAGAUUGAAACCCCAUGUCAUGCAGUUCAAAUAGACGUUUAUCAAUUCACUUAUCAAGGUACCAAAAACUGAUCGCUUUUGUAAACUAACAUUCUAUUUUAAGGACUUGUUUGAAAGCACAUUUCGGUUCUUUUGGUCUUGGACAUAAUAACGAAUUUGUUAUUAUGUCCAAGUUUUGGUUGAUUAUUCUUGGCAAAGCAUUCAAAUAAUGAUGAAUAGUAAUUAAGUUGCCAAGUUUUUAUCAGAUAUAUCAUGCAAGAAUAGCUUUUUUAAAGAGAAUUUCUACUUAAAUAGGCGACAGUGUCUAAGUUUAAUUGGUGCAUAUUUGGAAAACAGUUUUUCAGCAUGAAUUGAGUAAAAAAAACAUACAAUCUGAAAUUAGUAAAUACAAGAAGUGUUUAAUAUUUUGUAAUGAUCUUUCCUGACGAGUGAUGCAAUGGCACCAUGACUAGCUGCAUCUUUGUAAUGACUGUUUUUUUAAAUGAAUUUUUAUUUCAUUUUAUGAAAUGUGUACAUUUGAAAAGACUUAUUUACAAUAAAGUUUCGUGAAAAUAACUAUUUUGAUUAUGCUUCACUAGAUGUUAAAGCAAAAAAAAAAA